ACGGCUUCCCGGGCUCUUUGUGGGGCCGCGAGCUCGGUGGAGAACCGAGAGCUCCGUGUGCACUGCGGACGCCGCUGGCAGCGGGGCUGUCUCCGGAAGGCGGACCCGCGAACGCCUAGUGCUUGCGCUCGGCCGCCGGCCGCGCCUGUCUGCGCCCCUGACACCCUUACUCGGGACGCAGUGACCGUUUUUAAGUCACAAGGGCGUGGGUCAGCCUCCCCUAGGACUUCAUGUCUGUAUAUUUCCCCAUUCACUGCCCUGACUACCUGAGAUCUGCCGAGAUGACUGAGGUGAUGAUGAACACCCCAUCCAUGGAGGAGAUUGGCCUCAACCCCCGAAAGGAUGGCCUUUCCUAUCAGAGAGUAUACAAACAAAAAGUGGAAUCCAACCGUGACACUCUAGCAUCUCAGACGUGGGAGCGCAUGCAACAGUGGCAUGACGUUGGGUCACUUGGGUGCUCUUUGGACACAGCCGGUGAUGUGGAUUUCCGAACCUCUCAGAGCUGUAAGAUUAUGGACUACAAAUCUGGAUAACUGGUUUCUAAUCUUGGCUUGGCUUCUGUCUGUGUCGCCUAAGGAAACUCACAUCACCUCUUUUGGCCUUGAUUUCCCCAUCUCUAGGGGAGAGGGCCGAUGCUAUUACUUCUGUUAGACUGUUGUAUGAUGAGGUGAGAUCCUCCACCCUGAUCCUAGAUCGAUCCACCCUCUGGAAUUAAAAAAUCUGCUCUCUUUUCUUCAUAUCUGCCUUCCGGCUGUUUGAAGGCAGCUUUAUGCUCCUCUCAAAUCUUUUCAGUCUGAAAACAUACUGUCCUUCAACCUUGACUUGUGUGGUCAUCUUCCCGAGGGUGCUUUUUCUUUCUCUAGGUCAGCAGUUCUCGAAUGUUUUGAUCUCAGUCCCUUUUCCAUUCUUAACAAUUAUUUAGGACCCCCGGAGGUAUUUGUUUAUGUGGAUCAUAUCUUUUGAUAUUAAAACAGAAUGUGUAAAAAUUUUCUGUAUUAACUCCUUUAUAAUAACAGUAAAACCAAGGUGCCUGGGUGCUCA